AUGGUCGCGCGGGCGCAAAGUGCUACUGAACAGCGACGACCUCGACUUGCAGUCUUCCUACUCGUCCACGCCCGUCUUCUGUCCAAGACUCUCUCUCGCACCCAGCUUGCACUUUACAUUGUGCACAUGGAUGCCACCGCCGCCUUGGAUGAAUCCGCCGAGCUGUCCCUCCAGACCCCCGAGUCCUCCAGCUCGUCGCUUUCUGCAUCUGCCGACUCCUCCGUGUCGGAAUCCACGUCCACCUCCCUCUCAGCGACGACGCACUUGUCCAUCCUCCGCACCUCGGCCUCGUUCUCGUCCGUCUCGCAGUCCAACAUCACAUUCGCCCCCCUCCCCACCAUCGAGCCCCGCCGGCGCAAGUCCAACGUCCAGCUGGGAGUCGCCGCCCGCUCCCGCCUCCUCCAGCAGCGCAGGAACCUCCGCGACCAGGGCAUCCACCCCGGCGUCGCCCACCUCCACUCCCCGUCCGACCUCCCGCCCCCCGUGCCCGUGUGGCACUCCGAGCUCGACGACGAUUACAGCGGCGACGACGUCGAAGACCUCGGCCCCGACCCCGCCGAGGAGGCCAUUGCGGCCAUCGGCCGGCUCGUCAAAGGCGCGAGUCGCUCGCUCUGGCGCCGCCUGGCGUCGAAGGACGCCGCCAGGAAGGAUCGCUCGUCCUCCACAGACGAGACGCAGCCCAUCACAGAGAAGGGGCCUCCAUCAGGAUCGUCGUCUCCAGAUCGCGCAACAGCAUCUGCCGCGGAUACGGCGGCGCAAGAGCCUCAGGAGGGGCGGGUGUGGGAGGAGGAGGUAGACGUGGGCAGAUGGCAGCGCCAGGGAGCAGAUCCUGCGCCGACGCCGGAGAGCGGUCUGACCGCGGAAAUCAGCUCUGCGGGUCGCCGCUCUCGACGUGUGAGCACAAUAGAGGCUCUUGGGAUCAAAAAGUCGAAAACAACAGCCCGAUAG